AUGGUUGCCGUCGCAGUAGCGGGUGGCACUGGUGAUGUAGGGAAGACCGUUGUGGAUCAAGUUCCCUCUGCGACUGCGAAUAGUGGAGUCAAGUUCGUGGCUGUCGAUUAUGAUGAUGUUGAGGAAACCGCAAAGACACUGGAAGCUCACCGAGUUGACACCAUCAUCUCGGCCCUGAACAUCGAGGGGCCGUCGGAACAAGCGCAGCUUAAACUUAUUGCGGCAGCAGAGAAGUCGCAGGUAACACGGCGAUUCAUCCCGAGCGAGUUUGCAGGCGAAACUGCCCCGGAUGACUUUACUGGGCCCGUGCUGCGUGCAGCCAAGGCCCUCGCUGAGUCAAGGUUAACAUAUGCCCGCGUAGCCAACGUUAUGUUCAUGGACUACUUUGGCCUCCCGAAACAUCCCGAGCCAUCUGAGACCUUUCAACUGGUCCCUCAACGUGCCCGCGCGUACAGCAUGCUAUACUCCAAGGACCUUGCUCGGUUCCUUGAUCGUCUUAUAAACGAGCCGGAGUGGCAGGAGUGGAGCAUCAUCAGCGGCGCCGACACAUGUCUGAAUGAACUUGUGGCUUUGGCUGAGAAGAUCACUGGUGACAAGUUCCAUGUCACCUACGACUCUGUGGCGGAUCUUGGAAAGGGUAAGUCAACGCCCAUGUUUGACGACAGUGCCUCGUACAAUGGCAUGGAUCCUGCUGCGAUAAGUGCGUGGAUCGGGUUGUCCGUCGCGCAGGGCAAGAUGCUUCUGCCAAAGGACGGGCGACUGAACGAGAAGUUCCCGGACGUUCAACCUAAGCCCAUCGAGCGUUUCAUGACCGAAGCUUGGUCGAAACAGUAA